UGCAAAGCCAUAUUCACUGCAUGGGAGAGAGAGGAGGGUGGAGACAAAGCAUGUGCACUGGGAGUUACAGCUACCUAGGGACUGGGACCAGCCUGGAAGCCUGUCAACCCGACACCUGCGCCCUGCUCAGUGAGUUGGCAGCCUUGAGAGAGAAGCUGGCAGCCAUGACGCAGACACAGAGCAAGCUUGAGGAAACCCUCAGUGCCGCAAUGGCCACGAUGGAAGCGAGCGUGCAGUCCUACAAAAGCGAGGUGGAGGAGCUCUGGCGGGUAAACGAGAAUCAUGACAAGCAGCUGAAGGCACUCGCAGACGUCACGUCUGCAGCUUCAUCAAAGAUCGCUUUCACCGCUACUUUAGAGAGCUCAGUUGGUCCGUUUGCACAAGACAUGACACUGAGAUAUCUAAGAAUCCUCACUAACAUCGGCAAAGGCUACAACCCCGCCACUGGCAUCUUCACCGCCACAGUCCGGGGGGUCUACUACUUCCGCUACACUAUGUUCAACAACAUCGUCGGACAUCCCAACUCAGUGGUGUUACUGAUGAAGAACGGCCAGAGGAUGGUGUCUUCCUGGGACACUGCGGGUGGCGAUGCAAACGACAGUGCGUCCAACGCAGCGGUGUUGCAGCUGGAGGUCGGAGACAACGUGUAUGUGCAGCUCUUCCGGAAUAGACUCCUCUACGACGACGGCAUGUUCUACAACACCUUCAGCGGUUUCCUGCUCUACAGCUUGUGAUGAUCGGUGUCAUUUAACACGUGAUGGCCGCUGAGUAAAUUAUGCAGCAGUGCAUCGUUUUUUUUUUUUUUUUUUUGUUAAUUUGUGGUGACAGA